GGUUGUCAAUUUCCCCAGACGCGGCGGCGGCGGCGGCGGCGGCGGCGGUGGAGGAGAAGCUGCGUGGCCCGAGGUCGCCGUGGCCCCAGUGGCGGUGGGCUCCGGGUGGGCUCGCGUCAUCCUGCCCCGUGUGCGAUGCAUCCGCGGCGCCCGGACGGAUUCGAUGGCUUGGGCUAUCGGGGUGGUGCCCGGGAUGAGCAGGGCUUUGGGGGCGCUUUCCCUGCAAGGUCCUACAGCACCGCCUCGGACCUGAGCCACUGGGUGACCACUCCCCCAGACAUCCCGGGGAGCCGCAACCUGCACUGGGGCGAGAAGAGCCCGCCCUACGGCGUGCCCGCCCCCUCCACCCCGCUCGAGGACCGCGCCGAGGAACCGCUUCCCGGCGGCGGCGGCGUGCCGGGCCAGAGCAGCGAACAGUUGAAUAGAUUUGCUGGAUUUGGAAUUGGACUUGCAAGUCUCUUUACAGAAAAUGUACUGGCCCAUCCUUGCAUUGUUCUCCGCCGCCAAUGUCAGGUUAAUUACCAUGCUCGGCAUUAUCAUCUCACUCCGUUUACUGUCAUCAACAUUAUGUACAGCUUCAACAAAACUCAGGGACCAAGGGCCCUUUGGAAAGGAAUGGGAAGUACAUUUAUUGUCCAGGGAGUCACACUUGGAGCGGAGGGAAUAAUCAGUGAAUUCACACCUUUGCCAAGGGAGAUUUCACAUAAAUGGAAUCUUAAACGAAUAGGAGAACACCUUCUACUGAAAUCCCUAACUUAUAUGGUGGCAAUGCCUUUUUAUUCAGCAAGUCUAAUUGAAACAGUACAGAGUGAGAUAAUUCGAGAUAACACGGGAAUUUUGGAAUGUGUUAAAGAAGGAAUUGGAAGAGUAAUAGGCAUGGGAGUGCCUCACAGCAAACGCCUCCUUCCGCUUCUUUCCCUGAUCUUCCCUACGGUGCUGCAUGGGGUUCUUCAUUACAUCAUCAGCUCAGUCAUUCAGAAGUUUGUCCUGCUAAUUCUAAAGAGAAAGACUUACAAUAGCCACCUAGCUGAGAGCACUAGCCCGGUACAGAGUAUGUUGGAUGCUUAUUUUCCAGAACUUAUUGCUAACUUUGCUGCCAGUCUUUGCUCUGAUGUUUUACUUUACCCACUGGAAACAGUUUUGCACCGCCUUCACAUUCAAGGAACACGCACGAUAAUUGACAAUACAGACCUUGGCUAUGAAGUGCUUCCAAUUAAUACACAGUAUGAGGGAAUGAGAGACUGUAUCAAUACCAUAAAGCAGGAGGAAGGAAUGCUUGGUUUUUACAAAGGGUUUGGUGCUGUUAUAGUACAGUACACACUGCAUGCAGCUGUUUUACAGGUUACCAAGAUUAUUUACUCUACACUUCUUCAAAAUAGCGUUUGAGAUUUAGGUUCCUGGUGAGUCUAAAAGACAUCAUCUGGAUACUUUGUUAUGAAAUUAUGAAGGAUAAAAGUGAAAUCCUGGGGGAGGGAUGGAUUAGAAAGUGAAACUGGUAGAAAAAGCCCAUGCUAAUUAUAUUGACUCUUCACUUUUUUUUUUUUUAAGGUCAUAGGUAUAUAUUUUGGAUCAAAAGUAUUCCAAAUUUGAAAACUCCAUAAAAAUAACGCUCAUAUGAAUUAAAUUCUAACUAGUGUAGCACUCAUGCCAAACUAAAGAUGAUCUUGUCAGCAAACAUAUAACAAAAUUUCACAGAGCUGAGUUUAUUCCAUCUGACUUUAAUAUUUAUUACAUGUUUAUUGCACCUUCUAGAUUGAUACUGGUAUGUCAUCCUUAAUGUCGUGUGUAGUAUCAGGAGAUCAUAGUUUACCUUAAGCAAAUAAAUCAUGUUAUCAAUGAGAAAGACGAGAAGGAUUAGAUUUAACAAUCUAUAAGCAGGAUUUGAAGAGUUUUAAAUUGCAUUGUCCCUAUAUAACUUUUUAAUGGCUGUAUGUUUAUUAUAUAAAGCCAUUUAUGUACACACAUAUAACUUGGAAUUUCCUUCAUCCUUACAAAUUUUCCACUCUUAGGUCAGCUUAUUGCAUAAAAUGAAGUCAUAUACUUUCUGCCUGAAUAUAAGACCUUAAAAGCCAAGGUAUCCAAAAGAUUUAAGGCAAACAGCAUACUUGUCCAUAUCCAAACCCAACAUUUCAAUGCCAGCAACUUAAAAUUCAUCAAGUGUUUAUGAAGUUUAAUUUGCUUACCUAGUUAUGUGAAUUAUGAGGCUGUUUUUCGAGCCACUCUUAAGAGAGAUAGAAUAUAAAAUAAUCAUGGCAACUAUUACUGUUUACACGUUUACAAAUUGUGCACUAGAGGAACGUCACUUGCCUUUCAUUUCAGAAUGACUUGUCUUAAAAGACACAAUUAAAAUUCACCUGGGAAUUUGUGCCUCUUGCCUUCCGUAUAGUCAUCAUUAAAUAAUGGCUUCAGUUUUUAUUUUCUUCCAGUUUUUGUUUAUAGUUUCAUUCUCCAAACUAGGCAUACAUAAAGGGAAAAGUAGAUUUAUCCUCAUUGCCUUUUAUUUAAACUUGUUUGGAUGAAUACUGAAGAAAUACAAACCUUAAAAGCAAUUUGUCUUUGCUUUUUAUAGAUGAGGAAAAGAAGUAAAUUUCAACAAAUAAUAAGCAAAAAAAUUGUUAAUCCGUUUAAUAAAAAAAUUCUGUCUGUUCCUAAAUUGAAUUUGGUGGCGAGGCUCUUUGAUUAGUAAAAUGAUAUGCAUUUGACUGAUCCCUCAUUCCACAUUUUAAAGUUUCA